AUGCGAGAUCUGGAGUUAGCCUUGGUCGCCUCUUUACUCUGUUGCGCCCUUUUCAUUUGGAGACGAUCUUCGCCGAGUGCCCUCCCUUUGCCGCCAGGGCCAAAAAUUAACUGGUUUGGGAGUGUUAGCAACAUCCCAAAGGUCAGGCCCUGGCUAAUAUAUGGUGGACCAUGGAAGGAAACGUUCGGCGACCUCAUUUACAUCCAAAUCUUCGGCAACCCCAUUCUGGUGGUCAAUUCAGCGACUGCCGCAGCUGACUUGCUUGAAAAACGCGGCGCGAAGUAUUCGAGCAGGCCCGUAAGGACUAUGGUUGUUGAUUUAAUAGGUUGGGACUGGCUAGCCUCGUCAUUCCCCUACGGCAGCAAAUGGCAAAAACACAGGAUCAUGUUCCAUCGUCAUCUACCGGCAAACGAGUCUUCCACCAAAUACCAUCCACUGCAGAUUCAGGAAGCCCGUAUUCUAUGUCGCCGUUUAUUAGACUCACCCGUCGAUUUCCGACAUCACGUCCGCAACGCUGCAGCGACCAUAGUCUUAAGAAUGGCAUAUGGUCAAAGCGUUGAUACCAACGACUACGUUCCUCUAGCGGACAAGGCACUGUCGUCACUUGCACAAGCCGGAAUAUUUGGAACUUUUCUCGUGGAUUAUAUUCCGAUACUGAAAUAUGCGCCGUCAUGGUUUACCUUCAAGCGCAAAGCUCUCGAGUGGCGAAUACCCACCCGGGCUAUGCGCGACCUCCCAUUUGCCAAAGUCAAAGAACAUAUUGCGCAGGGGAAAGGGUCCGACUGCAUAGUGUCCCAAGAAUUAGAAAAACUUUCUUGUGACUCGGGCUCCAAAGAGGGCGAAAAUACUGUUGCCAAUGUCUCGGCUACUAUGUUUGCUGCGGGAGCCGAUACUGUCGUCUCGACGUUGUCUGCCUGCUUUCUCGUGAUGUCUCUGUAUCCAGACAUCCAGGCCAAAGCGCAAGCUGAUCUCGACGCUGUUUUGGCUCAACGACGGCUUCCAAACUUUAACGACAGAUCUCAACUCCCUUUCAUUGACUAUAUUUGUUAUGAGUUAUUGUGCGCCAAGAUUGCUUAUUGCUCAGCCUCUUUCUCGCUUAAUUUUGUUCAGACGAUGGCAACCAGUGACGCCCCUUGGGCUUGCACAUUAUACCUCCGGUCUGAGGAAGACGAAUACCGUGGAUUUCGGAUACCCAAGGGCACGACAGCCAACCAAGUUUUACCAAAUGUGUGGUCCAUCUUACACGACCCUGAGACGUAUCCAGAUCCUUUGACUUUCAAUCCGUGGAGGUUUGAAAACACAAGCAAUGGUUUGAACCCGUUUCCAGAUCCCGCUUUUGGUUUCGGACGUCGGUUUUGUCCGGGCAAGCAUCUGGCUUUUGACACGCUGUGGAUCGUUGUUGCAUCCACACUAGCCGUCUUUUCGAUCACGAAAGAGACCGAUGCAAAUGGGCAAAUCAAAGAGCCUACCACUGAAUUCACACCGCACCUACUGAGCCAUCCACUUCCGUUUGGUUGUACGAUUACGCCACGAUCGAGUAACGCACGCGAACUGAUUUUAGAGUCGGAUUUGUAG